AUGGGUGAUGUUGAGAAAGGAAAGAUUUUUGUUCAGAAGUGUGCCCAGUGCCACACCGUGGAAAAGGGAGGCAAGCACAAGACUGGCCCAAAUCUCCAUGGUCUAUUUGGGCAGAAGACAGGUCAGGCCCCUGGAUUCUCUUACACAGAUGCCAACAAGAGCAAAGUCAUUACCUGGGGAGAAGAUACACUGAUGGAGGAUUUGGAGAAUCCCAAGAAGCACAUCCCUGGAACAAAAAUGAUCUUCGCUGGCAUUAAAAAGAAGUCAGAAAGAGCAGAGUUGAUAGCUUAUCUUAAAAAAGCUACUAAUGAGUAACAGGUGGCCACUGCCUUAUUUAUGAUAAAACAGAAAUGUCUCACCCUUUUUAUGUGUACCAUAUUUUAAUUGAUCUCCUACACCAGAACUCAGAUCAGGAAUGGCUGACAGGUUACU